UCGCUCCGCCCACUUCUGUUGCUGUUCUUUGAACUACGCGCCGUGAGGUGAGUUGGACAGGACAGGAUGGAGAGAUCCAUCAAAGACCACAUCGUUGACGCACUGGACAAUCUCUUAGAAAAAGAACUGAAGCGGUUCCGUGACGAGAUCUCCUCGCAAACCUUCUACGGGGUUAAGAUUGCCAGGGGCAAAGUGGAACAUGCAGACAGCAUCGACCUGGCCAAUUUGAUCAUCAGCAGCCACACCGAAGGCAAAGCCGUGGAAGUGACUGUCAUGGUGUUGAGAAAGAUUGGACAGAACCAGGAAGCGGCCGAGCUGGAGUGUAAGGCGGGGAGAAAUGCCCAAGGUGCUCAGUUUGGACAGCAAGUGCAGUCUUUCGAAGGCCCUGCAAAUUUUUUGGAGAAGCACCGAGAGGCACUGAUCCAAAGGGUUACAAUGGUGCCACCCAUUUUGGACAGCCUGCUCUCUAAGAAGUUGAUUGAUAAUGAGUGCUACGAUGAGGUCUUGUCUGAACCCACAAACCAGAGAAAAAUGAGGCGGCUCUAUGCGAUGGUCAGUGCCUGGGGGACCAAGGAGAAACUGGAGUUCUUCAAUACUCUGAAAGAAAAGCAGCCCUACCUGAUUGAAGACCUGAUGGGAAAAUAAGUCCCAUGCAAGCCCCUUUCUCCUCAACUGUUUAUUGUAAUGCAGUCAAAGGAUGUGACAUCAUCAGAGUUUCGAACAGGUGACCCGUUAUGACACUCAGCUGAGCAAAUUUCCAGUAUCCUUACAGGGAACUGCUGGUUUUCACUCUUCAUUCCAGACUGUUGCACUGGUACAAUGCAAGACCACUCAUUCUAUUAUGAGAUUACUUCCUCUAAAAUGUCAUGAAGCUGGACACCGUGGACCACCUACAUUACAAACUGCAUGGACAGACUGCACUGACAGAGGGCAGUCGCAGGGAGCAAAAUGUAUCCUCUGCUUUUUAUUUCUUCAUAUAAAUUAAUUGAGGGCUGAGUAAAAUGUAUUCGAUGUCAUUUUUAAAUAGACACAAUAAAAACCAGUAGCUUGUGGUUUUA